AUGGCGCACUAUAAUUUCAAGAAAAUUACAGUCGUUCCUUCGGCAAAGGUGAGGACAGAAUGAUAAUCUUUUAAGUUUUUCGAGUUUCCAACUUACUGAUGAAUGUUUCUCUCCUGCUUCAGGACUUUGUCGAUAUCGUCCUGUCGAGGACGCAAAGGAAAACACCGACUGUUAUUCAUCGGUAGGUUGACGUGCAUGGAUAUAUGCGUAAUGGCUUGUUUUAGAGUAAUCAGCUUACAGGCAUUUUAUUCGGUUUUUUAAAGAAAAGUGAUUUUUGCUAUAGUCAGCUGGUUAAUUCCCAAGGAAAAAUCUAAUCUGUUCAGUGAAAGAUCAGUAGAAGCCAGCUGACGAUUCAAUUUAGGUUUGUUUUCAUGUGCUUUCUGAUCAAUAAGCUUACUAUCGAAUGAAGCUCUUGGCUUACUUGGACACCUCACUCUACCCCUUUUGUUGUCCGUAUUAUGAUAUUUUAAUUGUGCCGUAAGCAAGACUUUAUUUACCGUUUUACACAUUCUAGCCAGUAUGUACAGAGAAGGUUGGUUGCAUGGCCAAGCUCAUUGUAUCAUUGUAGCACAUUACAGAUCAUGGUGCAUUAAUUCUGAAUGCUCUCCACAUUUCUCUUUCCCAGACACUACAAAAUAAGCCGGAUUCGUGGUUUUUACAUGCGAAAGAUCAAAUUUACCCAGCAGAAUUACCAUGACAAACUAUCACAAAUUAUCAGUGAUUUUCCAAGGCUAGAGGUAAUAAAGAUUUCGUUCUGUGGUAUCCGUUCAUUUACUCCCCGGGUUUACACCACCUGAAAAGUCCUUGAAUGUCGUUGAAUUUUAAAAUAAAAAUUCAAGGCCUUGACAAUCCUUGGAAAUUGCAGUCAGUGCUGGAAGGUCCUUGAGUUUUGGUGCUAACUUUGUCCAACCUGGAUUCUCAAGUUGGGCACCCAACAUCAAUUUUCGGAAAACAUCUGUUCGGAAAACGAUUUGAGGUCUAGAAUUUUCGGAACAUUCGUUGUAAAAUUUCUUGCUUGCCUGCCUCUCCUAGGAUUUUAAACGGAUUUUUACCCUAAAAAGAUCACCUAUAACUUUCGGGAGCCUUUUUUCUGGCUGAAAUUUUCGAAAAGGUAAGUUUUGAUCCCUAUAAUUUUCGGAUCAAUAGACUUUCAGCUAGUUUAUCCAAACAGAUGAAAACUUUUAGGGGAUAAAAAUAUCCCUAUAUCUACCGUUUCAAUACUAAAACACGUUUAUCAAUGCUAUGUUUAAGUGGUUUUGAACUAUAAUUAUGCUCGUUGUUUGCCCCUGUCAAGUACCUUAAAGGAGCAAACACAGUUUAGACCUUUAGAAGAAGAUUGCUCUUGUUGUAGAAGAUCUAAACAAGAGAUAUACUCAAGGCUCUUUUUGUAUUGAAUGGAGUCCUUGAAAAUGGGAAAUGUGUCCUUGAAAGUCCUUGAAACGUCCUUGAAUUUUUUGUUCAAAAAAGGGUACGAACCCUGUAUUCCUUGCUGUGAAAAGUACGGUUAAUUAGGGAGCCCUUAGUCCUUGAAAAAGUCUUGAAAUUUGCCCAUCAGUUUUCCGCGUAAUAUGGAAAAAGUCUUUAAAAUGGAGACAAAGUUUGAAAAAAUGGUAAAAAGUCUGUAGUCUUUUUUUGCAACAUGAACAAGUGAUUUAUAAAUGAAAUAUUUUCGUUUUGGUCAAAUUUUAUUCAAUCUCGUCCAUAUACUUAUGGCACAUCAUGAAAAAGAGCUUUGUUCCUGCAUUUUAAAGUCCAUUUUGAUCACCUAUUUGAUAACCUUAAGUCUGGAAAAAGAAAUUGUUGUUUUGGAAAAAAGUCUCAAAAAAAUCUUGAGUUAUAGAUCCAAAAAUCUGUGUGAACCCUGGGAGCUGGAUACAAUGUGUCAGCAACAUGUUUGAUAUGUUAAAAUCAAUAUUUGUUCUUCUACGUUCAAAAGUGCUUCUUGCUGGUUAGCCUGUGCCAGUCCCUCGGAUAGUAGGGAUUUCGCAAAAUCAAGGUCAAGUGAAAACUGGGUUUGCAUGAUCUGGGAAACGGAUCAGAUUUAACGUCUCUUCUCAUUUAAGAAUGGGCCUAGUAUGGUUACCCUGUAAGCUAAGCAAGCUCUUGUUUUGUCAGCCCUUGGUAACUUUCAGAAAAAAAAUCAGUUUUUGCAGCUGAAUCCUGCUCAUGUUUUUGUAUAAGGGAUCACAGAAUAGUAAGUUAGCUCUUUCAUCGUCACCUGGAGAAGAUUACACUGUGGCUACAGGGCAGGCCACUGGAAUUCCAGCAUUACAUGUGUGUUUCUUGAGUGUAAAUCUGUCAUAUUGCAUGCAAAUUACACAAGAAAUAUACUUGUGAAAUGUGUGUAAAAAUACAUGCAAGACUAAACAAGAAAAUACAAAUUAAUAUAUUUUAGAAUUUACUUCUCAGAAGACUACAUCCUGAAAUAGAUACACCUGUAAUUUCUUUAAUCAUGAGUUGCUCUCCUACUCUUUUCAGGAUAUCCAUCCGUUCUAUGCUGAUCUAAUGAAUGUAUUGUAUGACAAGGACCACUACAAACUGGCAUUAGGGCAAAUAAACACAGCGAGACAUUUGAUUGACAGGUAAGGGUAAUAUACAUGUAUUGUAACCUAUUAAAAAUAGAGCUUAUAUCACCUCCGAGAUCUCUCAAAAGAUACAAAUGUAUAAUCACUGCACUGCAAUGUAAUAUAAUUGUUUCUUUUUGUGACAGUGUUGCCAAAGACUAUGUGAGGCUUAUGAAGUAUGGUGACUCAUUGUACAGAUGUAAACAGCUGAAGAGGGCAGCUCUUGGAAGGUAAUUAAGCACUCUACUAACACUAACCUCCUUCCCCAGAUAAUUUGGACUUAUGAUAAUUUGUACUUCUGUACAUAAUCUGUUCAUUUCUGUACACUGUAAGUGUCUAUCAAAUAGUUGUUUUAUGAUACAUUGUAUUGCACUAAAACAGUCUUUUUUUAACCUUUAUUGUAGGAUGUGUACAAUCAUGAAGAGACAAAACCAGAGUUUGCAAUACUUGGAACAAGGUAUGAAACUUUUUACGUGUUUUAUAAAGUAACAGUAGUGUAGAGUGAAAAUAAGAUUUUAAGUUGCUGGAUAAAAUUUAUUAUUAUUAUUCAUUCAAAAUAUUUUCCCAAUUCUGAUUGGCUAAAGGCACAUGCAUUUGCGUUGUUUUCAUUGUAAAAACUAAAAUGGCAGACACUUCACUCGUUUUAAGAGUAAGAACUACAGCUGGAACUAGGUGAAGUAAUGGCUAAAGACAUAGCAAAAACAGCAAGAAGACAACUCGGAGGGUGACAUCUGCUAUUUGGAGAAUAUUUGCGGAGCUGGGCAAACCUAAACGUAAACUAUCAAAGAUAAACUUAACAUCAAUGCAGGUAAGCUUGUUUUAGCUAUGUUUUUAAACUAGGAACAAUUAUUUUGAAUGAAUAAUAAAACAAUUAUUGAAUUCGGCUUUCGUAUCAUUAUGAAGAAUUAUGGAGAUCUCAGAGGCCGUAUACACCCUCCUCGAUCUCCAUAAUUCUUCAUAAGAUACUCAGCCUCAUUCAUGAAUUGUUAAAUAGUAGGGAAUCAAACAGCUACAGAUUUCUUUAGUUCUCUUUUUCCUCUACAUUCCCAUGAAAGUAGCCAGGGGUCAUCUUCAUAGUAGCUGGGGAAAAUCCCCGGCCCAGUUUACUUAAUGACAGCCUUGUUAACUGAUCUAGCUGUUUAACUCCUCAAGGAAAAAAACAAGGCUGUUUGUUUCAGUAGCCAGACCAUUCUAAGAUUCAGUGAAGUUUCCCAUGUAGCCUUCCCCUAACCUAACAUUUUGCUGUCAUUGAUAAGUUAUUAGAUUUAGAUCAAUCAUAUUGUGUUUCUCUUGUAUGUAGGGAGUGUUUGGUAGACCAUCUACCAAAUAUUAGAAUAAAUGGAAUUAACUCUUGGAAUCACUUGUUUUGGCAUUACUCAGUAUGUAAUAUCUUGAAAUCUGUUAAAAUAAAAUAUUAACAUGUACACUGUACAUGUAUCUAGCUUUCAAGAAGUCCAAAAAACAUGAUGGAAGGGAUUUGCAGCAAUACUUUAGCACAUUCUUAUUUCUGGAAUAUGAUGAAUCAAACACACGCAGCUGUAGGUUAAUAUACAGAUAUCCAUCUGCAAAUACAUGUACACGGCGCCUAUGCAUUUGUUAUACAUGUGCUAUAGGUGAAUUUUGCCAUAACUUUUUUCACUGAUGUUUGUAGUGCGGCAACAUGUGGCCAGGCUUCCGUCAAUUGAUCCUAACACAAGGACCCUGCUGGUGUGUGGGUUUCCAAAUGUUGGCAAGUCAAGUUUUAUGAAUAAGGUAUGCAUUGCUCUCACAACACACGAAUGGUGUGAGAUGGUCACACUGGAAACUCUGUAAGGUUUAUUACCUUUAUGGUGUGGCUGGCAAGUCCUGACUUUUGGAAAGUUUUGUUAGAUUGUUGGAGGGCUAAAAUGAAAACUUCAUGCUCUGGGCCACUUGUAACAAAUGUUACCUUUGUACUUAAAUGUAUUACAAGUAAAAGCCAGGCAUUGUGAAUUCCAAUCACUUUGUGAUCCUCAGGCAGUUAACAGAGUAAUAUUUAUUAUUGUAAGGUUUAAAACCAUAGCAUUGUAACAAACAUAUUAUUUUUUUCUCUCAAGGUGACAAGAGCAGAUGUUGAAGUCCAACCAUACGCCUUUACAACCAAGUCCCUGUUUGUCGGCCACAUGGAUUACAAGUAUCUCAGAUGGCAGGUCAGACCAGAGUUUUACCUGUACACAUGUAUAUGUUGACUGUGUACAUUUACAUGUGCCACAGCCCAGCUUUUUUACAUGUAGUUUUAUGUUGUGUUUUUCUAUUCAUACUCUGACAAUUCAUGCAGCAUAAUACACCAAAAGAAAAUGACAUUUUCUUUCUGAAGUCAUUAUCAUCAUCUGUCCAAUUCAGUGAAGGAAAGUUUUUAAUUGGUAUUAGCUGCAUUGGCAAGGAACCACACAAAAUUGAUACUGGCUUUAAUUGCAGCUUUUACAUUUGUCAAAAUAAUACUGCUUCAACAUGCAAGCUGAUGUUGUGAUAAUGGUCUGUUGAUAUUGGUACAGUACAAAUUAAUACUAGUAUUGUUCAGAAUUGACAGGAAAUGGUAGUACACAUUUACAUUGGCACUUCAGUACGCAGAUGAUGUUGCUACUGUACCUUUGUGAAACCCACUUUUUUACCAAACAGGGUAAUAGCUGGCUGAUAGUCUAUUGUUGUUGGUACAGUACAAAAUUGAUUUUGUUAGUGUACUAAAUGAUACAAUCACAGUGCAAAAUCAGUAUAAAUUUGGUACCAUGCUAAAUGAGGUAGAGUACAGUAGAAAAAUUGUUACAGAUGGUAUUGGUUCUGCACAGUGUUAUUACUGGUAUUGUGUGGUUCCAGAAAAUAUCCAUGCCCCCCAAAAGAAGACUCUUUGAUUUGCACACCCCCCACCCCCCAGGAUUUUCCAUUCCAGGGGGUCUUUGAUGACCCCCCUCCCCCAAGGAAUUUCCAGAAUUUUUAAACGGGGACUUGGCUUACCACCCUUUGGAAAUUCAAAGUAGCUUUGGUACUUAAAAACAAAGAAAGUGAAUACUAACUAAAUUACGAAAAUACGGUAGAAUUUUAUUACAACAGUGCAGUGUAAACGUUUGUUAAGCGUAUUAUUCAGCCAAACUUUUAGCUUCUUCACCAUCACAUUUGCAAAUUAUGUGUGUGUUGCAAAGUUUAAAUGUCAAUUGUUCUACGUUUUUGUGCUUACUCCAACACAAACAUUAGAUAAUCAGUAAUUUUGUUACAAAUAGUUAUGGUGAGUCCUGGGAUUCAUCUUGUGAAAAAUCAUGAGUCCUGGUCCAGAACCAUUAAGUCCCAAUUCAAAAAGCAACGAGUGCCUGGGUCUUUUUUAACUAUACAGUUAAUCUGAAGAUAGACUGCGAAACUUUGUAUUACAGUUUACUGAUAUAAAAAAUAUACUCCUUCUGUUGUAAAGCACAGCAAAGACUAAAAGAAGUAAGUGUCAUUUAACAACAUCCACAGAAAUCACACAAACAGGAUAUUCUACAGAAACCCCAAAUCAAUCAAUCAAUAUUUGUGUCCUACGGGAUGCAUAUGCCAUAAAUUAUUUUGCAUCUUUGGGGAUUUUUAUGCACCAGGGAUGCAGGAUGCAGAGGUAAAAAAAAAGUACAAAGUGAUAUUUUCUUUGAACUGUGCAUUGUGAGGCUUGAGCAGUGAAAAGUGGCAUUUUGUACUGGACAAAAUUUGUGUUGAUACUGUGCAAUGUGAGGCUGGUACAGUCAGAAUUGACUUGGGGAUGGUACAGAAAUGAUGUUUGUUGUUAUACAAUAUGAGGCGGGUCCAAUCAAAAGUAAAUUAAAAGUAAAAACUAUGGGCAACCUCUGGAUAAUUGUUUAGAAAAAUCCUUUUGCCCCCUCCAACAUCUUUGACCUCAGAGAUUUUGUUCCACUGUAUUUCCACCACAAACAAAGAAUACAACCAGGCAACUAUCUGCUAUGCAGGCUACAUGUAUUACUACUAGUAGAGAACUGAACUGCUCAGGAAGCAACCAACUUUUGUGCUUCAUUAUAUAAUGAAAACUACUGAGAGGAGGUACAGGUUGUGCAUUUCCACGCCUUUAUAGAUAAUUUCAUGAUCAAUAUAUAUAAGCUCAUCUGUGGGUACUGGCUAUGAGUGCAUGUACAGCUGUAUGUGACUCAUUUUAAGAGAAAAGAUUACGGGGAACUGUUAGAGAUUUAUGAGAUACUGCAAAGUGUGAGUAAACAAGUGUUGGAACGUGCGGGUCACAUAAAAAAAGGUCCCUUAGGGUGUAUUGCCAGUGUCACGUAAUACUCACAAGCGUACAUGUACAGUAUCUACAUAUACAUACAUUACUUUUAGGCACAUGGAAGGCCACGCAUUAAUGUAAAAGAUUAACCUCGCUCAACUAAAUGCAUGAUUAAUUUUUAUUGGCAAUGAUUGUACUUCCUUUGUUGUUACUGGAAAUUUAAACUUCCUCUUUGCUUAUGAUUAAGAUACUUGUAGUGCAUAGUAGACAACAUGUACCAACAGCGAGUGAUCAUGCUUUCGUAGCAAACGUGAAAGUGACAAGCCCGUGCCCAGGGUUCUCUCUCGAGUAUGCGAGAGUGAAUGUACAACUCGGGCACCCUUCAGCAACAACAAACUAUGUUGUUUUCAUAUUGGUCAGUGAGCUCGGGUUGGCACAGUAGAGCCGAUCUCUGUCAACACAAAGUUAGCGAGUGAACAUUUGCACAUCAAAACCUAUCACAAAAACUCUUUGGAUACCCUUUGAGUAUCUACAGUCACGUUAAAAAACUGAUUUACAGUGAAGGUACAUUACAACAUUAUUUAUUGCUGCUGUUCAACAUUUGUCUGGCCUUAAUAAAUUUUAACAAUUCUGGCCUCACAUACAUAAGAUGUUCAAAGUGAAAAGUUUAUUUAGGAUGAGUUAGUCAGUGAUCUGAUGUAUCCUAGUUACAUCAAUGAUAAUGAUAAAUAGUGCUAUAUAAAUUAUGUUAGAAAAUGUGCUUGACCGAAUAACAAAAACCACUAAAAAGGGCCCUUGAAAAGUGGCUAAAAAUAUGUGGAGACAUGUUCCCCUACUUAACGUGCAGUAGCAUGAAACCCUGGGGAAAGAGUUCAAGAAAAAGUAACAUUGAAGACCUUGAUAUUUUUAAAACUACAGUAUUCCAAAUAGAGGCUACUGGUAAUUUUAAGAACUUAAAAAGGAUGCAAAAAAUAAGUGCAAUUGAUACUGUAAUAUAUUAUAAUCUGCAGUUAUUCCAAAAUUAUAUAGAAUUGAACAACGGUUAGUUACCAUGUAAAGUAUUUCAAAAAAAAGCAAAACCAAAAAAAUUGAUCACAACUACCCACAUGUCUCUAAAGUGUGCCAUAAGAUUUAUUUUAAAAUUUCUGAGAUGUUUCAAUGUUGUUCCCAUGUCUCUCAAUGGUGAAAAUUACAUUUGGCACUACACUGUACUUUAUUGGGAAAUUAAACUUUUGACUAACAGUCAUUGUGGUUUCAUGUGUGUAAGUUGAUUUUGUAUGCUGGUCAUACAAUAUUACCAGUCUGUACAUGUAUGCAUGUGUUGUAUUUUUAUUAUUCACAGGUUGUUGACACUCCAGGAAUCCUCGACCAUUCAUUAGAAGAAAGAAACACGAUAGAAAUGCAGGUUAGAAAGUUUGUCAAUGUUAUAUAAACUUUUUAUUACAAAUCAUUGUUAUUUUAGUUAAAAAGAACGAUCUAAACAUUUACUUGAAUUUUUUAGGCAAUUACUGCCCUUGCUCACUUGCGAGCGGCAAUUCUCUACGUGAUGGACAUUUCAGAGCAGUGUGGUCACACUCUUGAGGAACAGAUAGAGCUGUUUAAUGGCAUUAGACCUCUGUUUGCAAACAAACCCUUGCUGGUGAUCUUAAACAAAAUUGAUGUUCUUAGACCGGAUGAGCUUUCUGAGGAGAAGAAAGAGUUGAUUAAAGUUUUUGAUCAAGAAGGUAAUAUUCUGCUUGAUCUUCAUAACAUUGCAGUACUGUACCAUGCUGCAGUACAGUCCACCCACUUUACCAGAGUUGACCUAGGAAACCCUUAAUGCUCUAAUCAUCAUCUCAUUAUCAUUAUCAUCAUCAUCAUCGUCAUCAUCAUGAAAAUCAUUAUCUUGGUGAUCAUCAUGAUGAUAGUCAUCAUCAUCAUCAUCAUCAUCAUCAUCAUCCUUUGCCUGCGAGCAAGCUCUCCAUUUGUGGGACAUCAUGAAAAGUAGACACUUGAGCGGAGACAUGAAAGUGGCCGCUGGGGGACAGAAAGAUGAGCUUGCAAUGAUCACUCAUUAAUUUUCAUUUCCACCGCUGACACACCAAAGCAUUAAAACUGUCACGGCAAACAUGCUGCAGAUUAGAAAGUCACAUUAAGACAGCCAAGGGCACAUAGAAUUUAUUUAUUUUUUAAAUCCCUUUCUCAACAGCUUUCCGCUGCAUCAAAGCAAUGUUUUUGACCACGGAUGUGUUUUUUAAUCCUCUGGACAUCGAACUACAAUGGUCCGCACGGAUAAGAACUCAAUACUUUGAUUCUCGUUUCAUUUACAUUUGAAAGGUCAUCCACAGUCAGAAGACUAAGCUCGCCAUCGCAAUCACCAGUUGUUUAAACAUAGUAUAUUUUUGUCUGUUUCGGAACUGGAGAAGAGCAUUUUCCUGGACCUGGUUCUCUUAUGUUUUACCCCUCAGUUGCUUCCUACUCUUUCUAUUGACCUUCUUGACAGUCAGCUGCUAAUUCUUCAUCAGCUACACUGUCAUGUACCAGUUUCUGAAUUUUCUGUGCCCAGUGGAAUUCAUUAGGCAAAAAAAGCAACGUUGGAAGGCAGUACUUGAAUCAGGACUAAACAAGGCACUUGAUACAAACAAAUACAACUGAUGAAGGGUUCUGAUUUUCUGAUAAUCCUCAGCUCGCAACAUUUUAUUGGCAACACUUUCACACGUACAGCUUUGCGACAAUUAUAUCAAAUGAACCCGUCUGCUUUGAGGGCUGAAACAAGUUCUGGGUUCCUGUGUGAUCCCCCUUAGAUCCAAAUUUGACACGCAGAUGAAAGUUCUCUUUUACAGAAGGAGAAAGCGAUUUUCUGCCUUUGCCAGUCUUCUUUUUCGAAGUGAGUUCAGCGAUCGACGACAUAACACUGGUUUUGGUGAUAAUACAUUUCCCGUGAGCUAGGCCUGUUAUCAAUCAACUUUAAUAUCUGGAAUGUCAUUUUUCCCUUCAUCUGGACAAAGUACAUGUACAAAUGAAAAUUUAUGAGAGAUUGUUGCAAGUUCUCCUUUCCUUGGCCUCUCGCUGCUUUGCCGCUCAUGCAUUCUUGUGUGGCUCACUUGGCUCACCCAAAUAGGAGAGCUUGCUCACAGGCUACAUCAUCCUCAUCAUUAUCCUAAACCGUUAACUUAGAAAUUACUAUAAGUUUACUUGGCUUUUGUAAACAUAGUAAGUCUCUCCCCCAUAAUUAGAACUUGCUAUAUUAAGGCAGUAUAUGUUUGUACAUUAUUGGAAUUUUUUCUGUGUAUGAACAAAGAAAGAACAUAGAGAUAAACUCCUGGCUGUUUCUGUAGGUGUUACCCUUCUUCCAAUGAGUACAGUUAGUGAAGAAGGCGUGAUGACUGUCAGAAAUGAGGCUUGUGAUCAGCUGCUAGCUCAGAGAGUUGAAAUAAAGAUGAAGAGCAAAAAAACAUCAGAUGUCAUGAACAGACUUCAUGUUGCCAUGCCAACACAGAGAGAUCAGAAAGAGAGACCACCCUGCAUUCCUCAGGUAAUGCCGCACUAUCCCGAACAUCUUAUAAAGGAACUGUAGUCAAUCUCUAAAGCCUGCGGUGAUCAGUAUCGACUUUCUUUCCAAGGAAUCAAUGUGUAAUUUAAUAAAGAAAUAGUGAGAGUUACGGCAUUGAUCACAUAAGAAAAUUGUCUUGGUAGGUUAACACUGGUUGUACAAGAGAUAGAUGAAUUCUCGUGGAAGUUUGUGCUGCUUAGUAUAGACUCUGUUACUGCGCUUUUCACAAAUAUGCGAGCUUUUUAGUUCAAAAGCCGCCUUCACAAUUGGGUUUUUUGCUGCCCUCAAUCAUAAUUACACUUUUAUCAUCACAAGCAAUAAACCUUGAAAACAAAAACACACAACAUAGAUCGAAAUCCGCUAAUCACAGAUCACAAACCAUGACCUUUUGAACCCAUUUAAGUAAAGUUCUGUUUCCUGAGAGGUCCGCUAAGAUGAUUGACGGCAGCGAAAAACACAAACGUUAGUUGGCUUUUGAACUUCGGAGUUCACGUGUUUUUGAAAAACGCAGUAAUGUAGAAAAAAAUACCACACUAGAUGACUGUUUGUUUUAUUGGCAUAAACAGCACCAACCAUGCACAAACAUUGAGUUCUGUGUAAACAGAGUGUGAACACAUCACAUUUUUCUUUGCGCUAUUCCUUUUUGAGAGCUUAAAGACAAACAAAGAGUACCAAAUAAAAAAGCGUAUAAAGAAAGCCCAGGGUUAAGUGGAUUUUUCUAUCAGGCUAUUGAAUUCUGUUCGUAACUUGCCUGACGGGCAAGUGAAGUUUUUUCGGGGACUACAAAUUACAGAAGAAGUUAUUAAGUUAUUAUGCUACACCUGUAGCUAUACUUUUCCGGAAUGAUAGGCUGUAAAACUGACUUUCUUUGCACCCUGCUUUGUAGUGCCUUGUGAUGCUUUAAUUAUUACUGACAAAUGUGCAUGAAAUAAAUCAUAUAUGAGAACUGUGGAAAUGACAUUAAAAAAAUGAAAAAUGAUCGUUGCAGUGGUGAUUUAUGAUUUUCAUACAUUGUAGCUUAGUUGGUUAGAGUGUCGCACUGAUAUUGCGAGGUCAUGGGUUCAAAUUUCAUGGAAGUCCUAAAUGUUUUUCAGGCUUCUUACGCAAUUGCAUAAAUUGCGUUCACAACUGCGAGAAUCAUUCUUCAUUUGUUUUAAAUAUUACUGUUAAUAACCAUUCUGUCAAGGUGACUGUAAUACAUGUAUUUAUUACAUCUACACUGUGUCACAUUGCAAGAAAUUAUGUCCACAGAGUGAGUUUAGAUUGUCUUAUAAUAUUGAUUCAAACUUUAUUUUUGCUACUUCAUAUACAGGCUGUACUGGACAAAAGGCAGGCUAUGGUUGUUGAAGGAGCCCAGCCCAAGCGCAAACUGGCCAGAGAUCUGGAGAUUGAGAUGGGAGAAGAUUACUACAUGGAUAUGCGGGAGCAUUGGGAUCUGGCAAAAGGUGACGAGAAACAUGAUAUUUUACCAGAGAUUUACCUUGGAAAGAAUGUGGCUGACUUCAUUGAUCCAGAUAUUAUGAAGGUGAGGUUUCAACUUGGAGUUGUGGUGUUAAAGUUUCAAUUUCUUUACGUGAAAAGUAACAGGUCAAACCAAGAGAGGAGCCCUAAACACAAAGGGGACUUUGUGUCCUUUUUUAAUCCACCUAAUCUGAGAUUUGUAUAUUUCACUACAAUAACUGAAUUGGUUAUUUAAUAAUUGAUUAGAUGUGUUUAUAAAAAAUCAGUCAAUCAAUCAAUCAAUCAAUAGACUUGGCAAUACAAGUGAAGGCCAUUUCCAAGUUCCAAAAAGUCUCACUUUCAAAAUGAGGCUAAAAUUAAUGCAAAACCUUUCCUGUGAAAACGAGUUUUAUUUGCAUGAUCACAAAGCUCGUUUUCAUAUCAAUGCCUUUGCACUUACAGGGCUGCAAAUAACAGUCAGUUAUCCAACAUUGGCUGACCAAAAUUUGCUAGUUUAGUGUCCAGUUCUCCAUGCACCUUACCGAUAGGUGGAUCUGGGACCUUUUUGUUAUCACAAAAAUAAUUAUUUGAAUUUCUAUCAUUACAGAAAUUAGAAGAGUUGGAGAAAGAAGAGGAACUGCGCGAGGCUGCAGGGCUUUAUGACUCAGAACCAGUAAGAGAGUGUCGUAGUAAUUUUUGGAUCAUUAUCAUCAUUUUGCCCCCCUGCCCCUCCCUUAAGCCAACAUUUUGGCCAAAGUGAGAAGUAGUAAGUGUUAAUGUUGGCCUGUAGUAAAUCUUGCCAAGAUUCCCGUGGUAAUUCUUCCCAAUAUUCGUGCCAAGAUUCCUGUGGUAAUUCUUGCCAAGAUACCCAUAGUAACUCUUACCAAAAUUCUUGCCAACAUACCCAUAGUAAUUCUUACCAAGAUUCUUGCCAACAUACCUAUAGUAAAUCUUACCAAGAUUCUUGCCGAGAUACCCAUAGAAAUUCUUGCCAAGAUGCCUGUGGCAAUUAUUGCUGAGAUUCUCGCCAAGAUACCCACGGUAAUUCUGACCAAGAUUAUUGCCAAGAUUCCUGUAGUAAUUCUUACCAAGAUUCUUUUCACGAUUUUCGCCGUAAUUCUUACCAAGAUUCCCGUACUAAAUACCUAUAGUAAUUCUUACCAAGAUUCCCAUAGAGAAUCUUACCAAUAUUCUUACGUUUGUCACAAGGCUCCAGUAGAAAUUCGUACUAUUUUUCUUUUUAAUAUUGUUGUAGUAAUUGUUAGCAAGGUUCUUACCAAGAUUCCGUUUGUUUUUGGUGGCCUGAGCAUGUGCGGUUUUGAAGUUAUAGAGGCUGGUCUCUAGAGUUCCCCCCUCCCCCCAGGCGCAGGAAGAUUCUUGCCAACAUACCCACAGUAAUUCUUACCAAGAUUCUUGCCAAGAUUCCCGUGGUACUUGUCAAGAUUCCUGUGGUAAUUCUUGCCAAGAUUCUUGCUAAGAUUCCCGUGGUAAUUCUUGCCAAGAUUCCCGUGGUGAUUCUUACGAAGAUUCUUGCCAAGAUAGCCAUAGUAAUUCUUACCAAGAUUCUUGCCAAGAUUCCCUUGAUAAUACUUGCCAAGAUUCUUGCCAGGAUCCCCAUAGUAAUUCUUACCAAAAUUCUUCCCAAGAUACCUAUAGUAAAUCUUACAAGAUUCUUACCAAGAUACCCAUAGUAAUUCUUACCAAGAUUCUUACCAAGAUACUUAUAGUAAAUCUUACCAAGAUUCUUGCCAGGAUUUCCACAGUAAUUCUCACCAAGAUUCUUGCCAAGAUUCCCAUGGUAAUUCUUGCCAAGAUUUUUACCAAGAUACCCAUAGUAGAUACCCGUAGUAAAUCUUACCAAUAUUGUUGCCAAGAUACCCAUAGCAAAUUUUCUCAAGAUUCUUGCCAAGAUUCCCCUAGUAAUUCUUACCAAGAUUCUUGCCAAUAUAUCCAUAGUAAAUCUUACCAAGAUUCUUGCCAAGAUUCCCGUAGUAAUUCUUACCAAGAUUCUUGCCAAGAUUUCGAUGGUAAUUCUUUCCAAGAUUCUUGCCAAGAUACCCAUAGUAAUUCUUACCAAGAUUCCCAUAGAGAAUCUUACCAAUAUUCUUACAUUUGUACCAAGGCUCCAGUAGAAAUUCUUACUAUUAUUCUUUUUAAUAUUGUUGUAGUAAUUGUUAGUAAGGUUCUUACCAAGAUUCCGUUUGUUUUUUUACUGUGUAAUUUUGGUGGCCUGAGCAUCUGCGGUUUUGAAGUUAUAGAGGCUGGUCUCUAGAGUCCCCCCCCCUCAGGCGCAGGAAACAAAAACAACUGCCCUGUAUGCAUAGGGUUAAAUGCUCUAUCGCGGUUACUGGUCACUUCUCGAAUUAUUGAUAAUCGUUUUUGAGGUUUUGUUAUGGUAUUUGUCUCGUUUUACAGGAGGAAUUGGACGCUGAAGAAGAGGAUAUAAGAAAUAAAGCUGAACAGUGAGUUAUAUGUUUAAUUAUAUAUUAGCGACUCUCUGAAUUUUCUUGUCUUGGUUAAAGCUUUCUGAGCGCAAUUUUCUCUUUACUUCAGAAUCCGCGAAAAGAAAAAGCUUAUUGUCAAAGCUCAUCGUGAGAUGAAACCAAGAAAUAACAAAGCAAAACUUUCACGUUCCGCGUUCCUUAAGGUAAGUUAGAACUUUUACAGCAAGGAGCCCAAAAGUAUGACCUCACAUUCUUUCGUGCAGAUUUAAUCCAAUCAGAAGCCAGCUGGAAACUGUCCUUCACCUCUGAUUGGUUAAUGUCUGCAUGAAAGAAUGUGAGGUCACACUUUUGGGCUCGUUCACAUCGUUUCUGUUUUGUUUCUCAGUGAGGAGUAGUAUGUACCGUAAUUUUUUUGGGACAAAGAAAAAGGUAAGUGUCAAAUCAUAGCAUAAUGGGACUGCCCUAGAAUGAUUCUGUGUUUAUUCACAUCACAACCAGUCUGGUACUAGCGAGCAGUCCGAAGUCUAACGGUCCAGGCGUUACGCUCUUGCGCGGACGACUUAAUGGAUGUGUAUAGAGGCUAGAGUUGCACUCGGCUGCGCCUCGUGCAACACUUACGCCUCUUUCGUGCUCUCCAAACUUCCCGCGUGCUCAAUAUCUCGACAUACGCACGCUGACGCAUGAACUAAUUGUUAAGUGGAGUUAUAGUGCAGGUUAACAAUCGCAAUCUCUCUGGCCAAUCACGAGACCCACUGAGAGAUAAGUGCUUGAUCAGCUUAAACAGGGCGUGCUGGCGGAAAUUCUAGGAGAAUGCUUUAAAUAAAAUAUUAUCCACUCAUUCAUUACCUCACGUAGGAGGUGCUGAGGUCCGGGCGAAAAGCCUCUUUUCUUUUUUCUUUUUUUUCCUUUGCGUUUAGUAUUUUUAGUUACUGUAGUUUUGUUUUGUUUCUUUAUAUACCGUUAGUUUUUUACAUUUAUAUAUUAUCUUCCCUAUUGUCUUAUUUCCCUUUCAUCCUACUUCUUGCCGUUCACCCGAAGUGCACCGCGAGGUCUUGUGAUUCACGUAUUUCUAGUUGUUGAUUUAAAUGUGAUCGGUUAAAACAAGUGAUGCGAACUUUUUCAGGCAAUCACAGAGCAAAGCAAUGUAAAGCCAAGGAUUAAAAAGUUUUUAUCUGGAUCACGUGUGGUUUCGUUGGUUUAAUCUUUUAAUAUUUUUUGCACAUAGGCUCAAGCCGCUCGCAGCCGAAAAAAGAGUGAUUCCGAUUUGGGUGAGGCAAUGGAAGGCAUUGAAGAGGUAGGCAGUAUUUUUAUCAUGCGCACCUAUUACCAUUGUUUAUUUCAUGUAUAACACUGGACGUGUACCGAUCCGUAUUUGCAGGGAGAUGAGACUGUAACAAGAUCUCGUUCCCAUACCCCAGUGAGUCGGAAAAGAAAGAGAGCGGCUAGCAGUGGCGCGCGCAGCUUAUCGCGGCCACCACGUGACCAGUCUGGAAUCGGAUCCCCAGAGGUAAAAAACAAAACAACAGCGGUAGAAUACAUAAGCACUGUGAAAUAACCUUCUUUUUAAUGCAUGCACGCACAUUUUAUAGCGUGAGUCAGCCAGGAUCGAGCCCAGCUUGUAUAGUCUGCAAAGACUUCUUUGUUUCCAUAGAAGUGUGAGCAGCUUUGAGGCUUUUAUUCAAAGACUUUUAAAACACCACCAACGUGCCUAUUUUAUGCAGUUUUAUUGCUCAUUACUCGAUGAAAAGUUUUUCUUAACAGACUCCAAAGUUUAAUCUUAGAACCACUGUAUAAGGAUUUCCUACACACACUCAAAAGUUCAAAUUAGCCUGUACAUCAUAAACAGGUAAACAGUAUCAAAGAAAAGUACCCCAGUGACUUAAAAAUUUACUCAAAGUCAUUAUUGUCCAUGUAAUUGGUUAAAUGGCGAAAGCCGCACCAGAAACAUUAGGACUGUUAUCAUUAUUGAAAGAGGUUAAGCCCUCUCCCGAUCGAGAAGUGAUAAAUCUUCUUACAUUUAAUAAGUUUUAUUAUUCAUUCAAAAUAUUUCCCCGAUUCUGAUUGGCUAAAAGCACACGCAUAAUUCACCAUAACCAGCUACUGAUGACCAAAUUUGGAAGAAUUUUGCGAUUAAUGAACCGAUGACGUCAAAAGUGCAGCUUCCUUGCAGGUUAAUGCACCGUUAACCGAGAGGACCUGGGGACGAGGUUGAGUUGUUUUGGCUGUGAAAACAAAAAUGGCGGACAUUUCACUCGUUUCAAGAGUAAGAACUAGGCGAAAUAAUAGCUAAAAACAUGGCAAGAACAGCAAGAAGACAACUCGAAGGGCGACAUCUGCUAUUUGGAGAAUAUUUGCGGAGCUGAACAACGCUAAACGUGCACUAUCGAAGAUGAACGUAACGUCGAUGGAGGUAAGCAUGUUUUAGCUAUGUUUUUAAACUAGGAGUUAUUUUGAAUGAACAAUUAUUCAAUUCGGCUUUCGUAUCGGAGGGUGUUAUCCGCCUCGGCCUACGGCUUCGACGGAUUACACCCUCCUCGAUCUCCAUAAUUCCUCAUAAGAUACUCAGCCUCAUUAAUAAAUUGUAAAUAUCCGCCUCUACGACAUUCAAGCUAAAACUCGAAUGGCGACGGCUAUCACGUUUUCCCGCCAAAAUGUUUUUCUCGCGCGCACACUGCUUAGUAUUGAGAAAUUCUCGUACUCGUUGUCGGCCUCGUCUCUAGUAACAAAAAUGACUGUCGAGGGAUUCUUUGCACCGCUGACGCUGAACUCGUUUCCAACUGUUGUUGCUUUCAGAAGAAGAAAAAAGCGAAGAAACUUUCGAAGGUUGUUCAAAGAGGCCUCAAUCGUAUGGGUAAAGCAGGUAAGUCUAGGUGAUCUGUUUGAUUGAUUGAAAGAGAACCUCUCUCGAGGUGAACCGUGUAUGACAUAUGAGAGAGGAUAAGAGAAUUUGUGCGCUGAUCUGAUAUGUUUUGUUUUCCAGGAGAAGCAGACAGGAAGAUUUCCACAAAGAUGCCUAAGCAUAUGUUUGCAGGCAAACGAAAAAUGAACAAGGUUUCCAGAAGAUAG